AGCGCGGUGUGUGCGGAGACCUGAAACACACCGACGACACCGGUUAGGCGAGGAUACACACACACUUACACACUUAUACACAAGCACACACGCACACACAUACAUAUUAUAUGUAUACACUCACAAAAUAUAUAUAUACACACACACGCACUGUUCCGCAAACACGAGCACGCGGCACUUUUCGAAACAACUGCGGGCGUAAAACUGUGCGCGUGAAGACGGGGAAAUCCGACAGGAUGUGUUUGUAGCCUAACUGCUGUGCGCGGAGACGGUGUGUAUUUUGCAUGCGGCACCGAUGGACUUUUAAUUACUGCGACCACCGAGGACAUACUUUUUUUUUCUACAUUCUUUUUAUUUCUUGUUGCAGAAGGAAACAAAGCGGAUGAUUUGAGCAUCAGUGCGCGCGUGUGCCUUGAGCACAAAUAGCAGGCUUGUUUUUUUGUAUUAGGAAACUUUUUUCUGCUCUUAAUAGGUCCCUAUUCUUCUCUAGCAUUGGCUCCCGUGCAAACAGCCGCGUUGGAUCCGUCGGGUUACUGCGAGCCUCCGGUGUAUAACCCGGACCUCUGCCCCAACAUGAUCGCCGCGCAGGCCAAGCUCGUGUACCACCUAAACAAGUACUACAACGAGAAGUGCCAAGCGCGCAAGGCGGCCAUCGCUAAGACCAUCCGCGAGGUGUGCAAGGUGGUCUCAGAUGUGCUCAAGGAGGUCGAGGUGCAGGAACCGCGCUUCAUCAGCUCACUCAAUGAGCUGGACAACCGGUUCGAGGGCCUCGAGGUGGUCUCGCCCACUGAGUUCGAGGUGGUACUCUAUCUCAACCAGAUGGGCGUCUUCAACUUUGUGGACGACGGCUCCUUGCCCGGCUGCGCCGUGCUGAAGCUGAGCGACGGCCGCAAGCGCAGCAUGUCUCUCUGGGUGGAGUUCAUCACGGCCUCUGGAUACCUGUCGGCGCGCAAGAUCCGCUCGCGUUUCCAGACGCUUGUGGCGCAGGCCGUGGACAAGUGCAGCUACCGCGACUCGGUCAAGAUGGUGGCCGAUACGAGCGAAGUGAAGCUGCGCAUCCGCGACCGCUACGUGGUCCAGAUCACACCGGCGUUCAAAUGCACAGGCAUCUGGCCGCGUAGCGCCGCGCACUGGCCCCUUCCACAUAUCCCGUGGCCCGGUCCAAACCGCGUGGCCGAGGUCAAGGCCGAGGGUUUUAACCUGCUCUCCAAGGAGUGCUACUCGCUGAACGGGAAGCAGAGCUCGGCCGAAAGUGACGCCUGGGUGCUGCAGUUCGCCGAGGCCGAGAACAGGCUGCUGCUCGGCGGAUGCAGGAAGAAGUGCCUCUCGCUGCUGAAAACUCUGCGCGACCGACACCUCGAACUCCCCGGCCAGCCGCUCAACAACUACCACAUGAAGACCUUGGUUUCCUACGAGUGCGAGAAACAUCCACGGGAGUCGGACUGGGACGAGAACUGUCUGGGAGACCGGCUGAACGGCAUCCUACUGCAGCUCAUUUCGUGUCUGCAGUGUCGCCGGUGUCCGCAUUACUUCUUGCCGAACCUCGACCUGUUCCAAGGCAAACCGCACUCGGCGCUCGAAAACGCCGCCAAGCAGACUUGGAGGCUUGCAAGGGAGAUCCUGACCAACCCGAAAAGUCUGGAAAAGCUUUGAGGUAAAGCAGAGACUCGAGAAAAUUCUAUCCACAUGUACUGUGCGAAGUGAAAAAAUCAUAGGCGUAGAGUCUGGUUCUGAAGUUUGGAAGCCUGUUACAGGCGAGCAGCCUGGACAAAAAGAAACACUAACGCUCACUGAUCUCUAAACCUUACCCCACCUUCUUCUAAAAAAAAACGUCUCUUUAUAAAAAUUAUUUUAGAUAUCACACUCUAAAAUAGUUUUUAUAGCUCAUGUCAAGAAAUUACUAUUCUAUUUUGUGUUUUGUGUUGCUCUUAUACUCGAGCAAAAAAAAUUGUAACAAUCAAAAUGUUUAUUUGGUUAUUUAUCAGUGUUAUAUAUAUUUUUUUCUUAUUGAGCCGUCAAGCCAACAAAACCUUUUAAACGCCCCAUAAAGGUUUAUGUUUUUUUCUCUCCCCGUGAUUAAUUAGACAAAACAAACCCUGUACAUUUUUAUACUGUAAAUACACACAUUUGUAGAUUGUGAUUCCGCUGGUCUAAAAAAAUUGUGAAUGUUGUUCUGUGACAUGUAAAAUAGAAGUUUAACUCCACCUGUUUGUUUUAUUAUUACAUUCGCGUGAAUUAUUUCUGAUAGAAAAGAUGAACAAAAAAAAAUACUCAUUUAGAUCCGCAGUGAUAGUUUGACUAUUGUUCAUGGCAAGUUCCUACUUUUUAGAGUUUACAUUUGGUGGUACUAUUUGUUACGCUUUUUUUAGACAUUCCAUAAGAAUACUUGAAUUCUUAUUUAAAGAAUAUUCCACCUUUUUUUUGGUUGUACCUUGCUUACAUGAUAAAAGCUGAAAAUGAGAAUAUUGAAUUAUAUAUAUGGGAAAAAAAAUAUACCUGAAAAACAAUGCACUUGAAAUACACUGGAAUAUAAACAUUGUGAUUUGAUUUUUUUUUAAAAAAAAAACCAUUUCUGUCUCUGAAUUU